GGUUGUUUUGAAGUUGAGUUUAAAUAUUUUUUCUAAUUUAAUGUGGAUUCAUGAACAAUGAUUUGAAGUGUAUAAUAAUUUUAACUUUAACGAUUCAUUCGAGCACAGAUACACAAAGUACUUUUUAAAGACGAUUGUGUACAAACAAUCUUCAAAAUUUUGUGAAAAUAUUUUUAUGUAGUAGAAAAUCGAUCAGGAAUUUAAAAUUGAAAUCUCUUUUUUAUAUUUAUAGUAAUAAGCUCAAGAAGACUUUUGUCGAAACAUCAGUAUAUAGGAAUUCUAAGAUUGGAUUCUUUUUUCCUUCUUGUGAAAAAUUUGAUACUCCCUUGACGUUGAAGAGAAACGUUUGGUUAAGUUAUAACCUGAAGUGUAGGGACAUAACCAAAUUAUUGGAAAUUUAGAAACUAAAUAGACAUGAUUAUAGGGACUAAACUGAAAAUUUUCAAUUAUUAACUGAUAUUCGACAUUGAAUUCUAAAAAUGAUAAAGAAGAUGAUAAAAAGAUUUUGUCUUCAUUCAUAAAUUUCUUGUAAGCUUAUAUUCUAGAGGCAUGCUUGAAACUGAUCUGUGUGCAGAUGCAGAACAUCAAAGGUGACCAUAUUAGAAACCUCGUUUGUCUGAAAUUUGUUUACAAACCGACUGAACAUACUCAUGUUUUUGGAAGUACUAAAUAGACAUGAACUUUGUUUAUAACUUUUCUUUUGUCAAUGGCUGCUGUUCUCUGUGUGCUUCUAUAGCUCCCAUACGGAUUUUAUUCUCUUAUAACAAACAUCUAUUAAUAUUAUAUAAAGCUGAACAUGCGAAGUCUAGAUUUUGAAAGCUAGCUUAGGAAAGAGACAAGCCUGUAGAAAGGGUUAGGUAUCAUUACCGACACAUUUUACUACCGUUAGUAGCAUUUUAUUUUUCGCUCAUAGUCAACUGGUGAAUAUAAGAUGCAGCCAAAGUUUCACGUCUUGUUUGCAAGUAAAAACAAUAUCUCCUACUAGGAACCUUUCUGGAUAGAGUUUUAAAGCGCGUGGAGAUAUAAAAGUCCAUAUGCAUAUCUCACAUAUUCGUUAUAGCCUUUGUUUUACCGCUUAUAGUUUGUUAUUUGAUUCCACUAGAAAACAGCUUGUAUUAAUUUUGUCAAGGAUGCAGCUGAAGUUUCAUAUCAAUAAGAAAUGUGACAUAAGGGACAAUAUCUGUAUUAGUAAGAAGCUUCUGAGUACAACAUGUCGGGGUGGGGGAUCGGACUCAUAACCUAUUAAUUAGAGAUAUAUGCCAAUUACUGUUGAGCUAUGUUCACUUUGGCAAGAAGCUUUUGAGUAGAGUUUAAAAACACAUAUGGAUAAUGUAUUGUAUGUUUGGUGUUAAGUUGCAGAACAUUAUAGACCAUAUAUUUUUUUAGAGAACUUUUUUGACCAGACAAAAUUUCCACGACACAGAACGUGUCAAAAUAUCGACCACAUCAGCUAUUUGAAACAUUCAGGGCUAAGGAUGAAAGAUUCAGUGUCAUGGUCUUACAAUGAGGAUUGUGAUGAUGGCUGCCAUUGGAGCAGACAUUGGCAGAAAAAGUGACAGCAGACAGGAGAAGCCAACUAACUCCAUUAAUGACAUAACUACUUCAUUUAUCUAACAGAAAUUCAUUUUGUCUAGAACUCUGUGAUGAAACAAUUAAUGUGCUCACUUUUUUGGAAAAGGGAGGACCUUUUUGGUACUGAACAGACCUAUUUAAGGAGACGUGUGCUGUCCAUCUGACCAUAGUAGACAAGAGAAAAUAAAAACAGAACACUUUCUGCCAUUUUCUGAUCCUUGGAGGAAAAUGGAGUGUAGAUUUGCUACCAUAGAUCCUAUUGAGAUGACAGAAGCAAGGAGGAAUCUUGAUAGGGAAAUUCCGACUUGUGGGUCGGUGAUUGGUGGAAAGCACAACAAGUGUAUCAUUUUCCCUGUUAAAUCGAUCUUGGUUGCUGAAUCUAUGGAAAGAAGUAACAAGAAUUGGAUUGUUCAAACAAAACCGGCAUACGAAAGCGACUUAUUUGUACAAGUUGGGGACUUCAGCUUUCACUUGCAUAAGCUCCCUAUGGUUGCAAGAAGCAAAUAUCUGAACAGAAUGAUAAUCCAAAACAGCAGUCAUGAGGUGCAAAAUAACAACAGUGCCAUCACCAUACAAAUUGACAAUCUUCCAGGUGGGCCCAUGGCCUUUGAGUUGGUGAUGAAGUUCUGCUAUGGAUGGAAGGUUGAUUUAACUGCCAAAAAUGUUGCUCCCCUCUACUGUGCAGCACAUUUCCUAGAAAUGACUGAUGAUCUUGCACAAGGGAACCUAAUUUCCAAGGCAGAAGCCUUCUUGAGUUUUGUAAUAUCAUCCUCAUGGAAAGACACAUUCAAAGUUCUCAAGAGUUGUGAAUCGAUUUCUCAAUGGGCCCAACGGCUGCACGUCCCAGCACGCUGCUCCGAAGCGAUCGCUCGGAAGGCUUGUAUGAAUCCAGAGUCCUUCUGUAACAGAGAUUAUAAUGUUGAUAAUGUGAAGCUUGAAUCCGUGGCAGACAACUGGUGGUUUGAGGAUGUUUUGGUUCUAAGGAUUGAUCAUUUCAUUGAAGUGAUUGAAUCAGGUAAACGAAGAGGAAUGAAGUCUGAGGUCGUUGGAUCAUGUGUAGUACACUGGACAAUGAGAUGGUUUGCUCGUGCCAUGAACGGACUCGAAACUUUGAUGCUGCAGUAUUUCACUGACAAGUUAAAAGUCAUCACCCUUGAAAGUUUGAUUCGGUUACUUCCUGUGGAGGAAAAUUCGGUUCCCGCUAGUUUUUUGUUUCAUAUUCUGAAGCUGGGAUCUGUAAUGAAAAUUGACUAUGAAUUGUUAAUUAAGCUUGAAAGUAGAUUGACCAUGAUGUUGGAAAAAUGUCGUGCUUCGGAUUUACUUGUCAAGAACUAUGGAGAUGCUGAUGGCGUUUAUGAUGUCGCCAUUGUUACUCGGGUGGUGAAAUAUUAUGCUUCUCACAUAUUUCUUAAUUCUCAAUCAAAUUUGCUCGCUGUUGGGAGACUUGUGGAUGACUAUCUUCUGCUUGUUGCCCGGGAUCAGAACCUCAAGGCAGAUGGUUUCCGAGUUCUUGCAGAAGCAUUGCCUCAGAAUGCUCGGCUUUGUUUUGACAAUCUGUAUAGUGCAAUUGAUAUGUACCUGAAGGCACAUCCUGAAUCAACAGAAGAAGAAAGGACCUGUCUAUGCAGAUCCUUGAAAUACCAUAAGCUUUCAGAAGAAGCAAGGAAGCACAUAACAAAGAACGACCGGUUACCGCUGAAAUACAUUACCAGUUUUAUUCUUUUGGAACAAGUGAGUAUGAAGAAACCUACAACAGCAUUUGGAUCUAGUUACCGACAAGCAAAAAGUCGAAUCGGAAUGGGUGAAAGUAGAUGUCCAGGAACGAGUUGGAUGAUGAGUUCUCAAAAGGAGAUAAAUCUGAUGAAAAGGGAGGUCGAGACAAUGAAAGUGCAGCUCAAUGACAUUCAGAUGUGCAAGACAAAGCUUCAAGGGCAAGUAAAGAAAGGCUUCAACUACAAGAAAAACCUUGCCAGUGUUCGGAAAAUCGUCUGUUUAGGGUUCAAUGAUUCUAAGUUCGGAAGCCUCGGUUUUGCUCCGUUGUCAACUUGAACUAAUCUGCUGUAUUUUCUGAAAGAAAAUUUUCGUUGUAAAUAUGUUCAUUUCAAGCUAGGAAAAGGCAAUCGUUCCAAUA